AUGGUGCAGCGCCCGCGCGCGCGGGGGAGAACUCGCGCGGAGCAGCGGCGAAACACCCUGAGCGGAAAUUCUCGCGCUGGGGUCGGCGCGCAGCGGCAGGACGUGCUCGCGGACCUCCACACGGUGGACAUUGCGGCGGGGCUUGACGCCGCCUGCGGCCGCGUCCUCGACCUCUACGAGGACGAGCUGGCGCAGCACUUCGGCUUGGUGGAAGGCCUGGACGACCAGAGCGGGGCGUUCUGGGACGCGCUGGUCGACGCGGGCGGGCUCGGCGCCAAGUGGGAGAGGCUCGGCAGGCGUGUGCGGGCGCUGGAGGCCUCCCCCUCGCUGGACCCGGGCUUCCUGGCCAGCCUGAUGCGGCGCACGCUGGAGGAGCCCCUUGGAGGCCUCCGGGGCCAGCUCGAGGGCCGCCUCGACGAGCUGGCGCAGUCCCUGGCGUCUCACGCCCUGCGGCUCGACAGGACGGAGGGCCUGGCGCCGGCGGUCCGCGAGUGCGGGCUCCGCUUGGAUUCGUGGCACGACCGCGCUGAGGAGCAGGACCGGGCCCUGGCCACGCUGGCCGCCAGGGUGGACGCCCUGCAGGAGCAGGCGGAGGGCGGCGCGGUGGCGGCCAGGGCGAGCUUCGCCCGAGAGGCGGACCUGGCGGCCAGGCACUCCGCGCUGCAGGAGCGGGUGGAGGCCCUCGCCGAGCUGGUCGGCGCGGACCGUGCCGCUGGCCAGGCGGAGAGGGCCCAGCGGCAGCGGCAGCUGGACGAGCUGCUCGCCCGCUCCGAGGAGGGCAGGCGGCAGCUCGAGGACGUCGUCCGACAGCUCCCGGUGAUGCGAGCGGAGGUUACCGACGAGUGCCGGCGGCACGCCGAGCGGUUGGUAGCGCCCAUCGCGCCGCAGGUCCGCAACGUUCAGGCGAUUCUGGAGCGGAGGCUGGAAGACGCUGGAUCGCAGCAUGAAGCCGCCAAGAGGCGGCUGGACGAAGUUGAAGACAGAAUGAAGGAGCAGGCCCAGGCCCAGGCGGAAAAGGGUCAUAUCAGCGAGUCCAUGGUGACCGACCUGGACGAACGGAUACAGAGGAAGCUCAGGAGGCAGUCCGAGGACUUCUCGGACCUGGGAACCUCAGUCGCGGAAAAGUUCGGCGAACUGGUCGAGCGGGUGACCCAGCUGCAGUCGGUUUUUCAGGUCCACGAGCACGCACUACGCCACCACGCCGAGGAGAUGCUCAACAGGUGCACCAGGUAUGACAUCAUGAUGUGCCACGAGCAGAUUGGAAAGUGCGUGACAAGCGGAACGCUGCAGCAGCUGAAGGUGCACUUGGACAAGGUGCACGCGCGGCAGGCGGAGUGGUCCCGGCAAUGCUGUGCCGCGUUGCAUCGCGAAGGACUUGCCAUCACGCUGCGGCCGGUGGACCCGCAGGAGCACCCCGCCCCUCCGGAGGACGAGCACCCCGCGUGCGGGCGCUCGGCGGAGGACCGCUCGGCAGACGCGGCGGGGAGCAGCGCGGAGAGCUCGGCGGAGGCACUCGCGAGCGCCACCGUCGAAGACGCCCCGUCGCGCCUCGGCAGUGCCAGCAGCGAGGGGAGCGCGGCGCCGAGCCAGGACGAGUGGGCCAGGGGUCCCGAGCGUUGCGGGCUCGCGGUCUCAACCUCAUCCUCGCCGCCAACGCGACCGCCACGGUGCUCUACCACCAGGUGCGACAGCAAUUGGAGAGCGUUGCGCAGGCGCUGGUGGGGCUCGGCCACGUGGCGAUCCGCUCGCUAA